AUGGAACCAUUUAGUUUGGAAGUUUUGAUGGAUGAUUUAUAUGUUGAUAGUUUCAAAGACAAUGUUGUUACAGGUAGUUUUGAUGUGGUGAUUAGUGUUUGUGAAGAAUACAGUGAAGAGAGAUUGUCAAUGGUGGUAUGGUUAAAAAAGGAUCAGCUGACCAAGGAAGAAGAGAUAUUAGGAAUCUAUUUGAAAUUCAAAGAUAGUAAAGUAAAGACAAUCGAGGUACCGUUCAAUGCACCGCUAACCGAUGACACUCUAAUAAAGGUGCGAGUCAAUGGUUUCAUUAGGUGUAAGGAGUUGGACAUUGGUAUAUCGUUGAUCGACGGACAACCAAGACUAGAGAACUAUCAUUGCAGAAAUGGAAGAUCAAACAAUAAGGGUUACAGAAUCUAUCAUUAUUCGGAUUCGAAUAACGAAUAUGAUAGAUUUCGAUUAAACUGGUUUGCAACCGAUAGCUAUUCAAUCGAUGAUCUUAGUAUUGGUGCUUUCAGUGACUACUGCCCUUCUAUUUCAACAGUGAAUGUAGUUAUCUAUACUUUUAAUACUUACAAUAGAAUCAAACCAACUUUGGAACAAUAUGCCGAUAUCAUAUGCCAUCAAGCGUCAAAGAUGGAUGCUAUUUCCAUUAGCCUUUUUUAUAGAGACCAACAUCACAGUGUUUAUCAAAAGAAAAUAAAUCGAUAUGAAAUCGAUGAUUUUGAUUCUCAUAUUUUAUUGGAUUUACUUAAAUUAGGGUAUCAACAUUGGAUUGAUCUGGAGUGUCAAACACAAUCAAAAGAAGCUAGUUUAAAAAAAUAUUUUUUAAUAUAUCAAUUUAUUUGA